CAAGAGUAAACCAUGGGGAAGACUCCACACCGCUCGUAGUUGGAGAUGUCCGUGAAGAUGUGCAACGGGUUCGGUACCGUGAAACCCCCAAUCACCUCUGGGAUGCCAUCUCCGUCUUGACCUUGGCUGAUGAGCCAGGAAUCCUUCGUCACUAGGCUGGUCAUCUUCGACGAAGUGGUUCCCAGAAGUCGGCACCAACUGGAGUGCUCUACUGCAACCUGCUUGAUAGCUCACCUGCCGGAAGCCUCGCGAGCCUCCUCAUUCAAUAGAAAUCCCCCUCACAUGGAUAUCGACCUUGGCGUCGAUAGGCAUGGCCGUAGGACCACCUCUAGUCUACGCUGACCAGGCUGUGUCCAUUGUACGCAAAAAAGAUUCGACCUGACUCGACAGGCUUUUCUCGCGAUAUAUGUGCUGUAUUGUGGGCCUUGUUUCGCUCAAGAACUCCGUGUCGUUAGUCUGAUACAAAUGGCAGGCUGCUUGCCAAUAUCACCCGAUGCUUCUUCUGGCUUGAAAACCAAUUCGAGUUCGCGCUCUUGGUGCAGUCGCUACUCAUGAUCGUAGCGCAGGUACGUCUUAUAUCAGCAUGUGGGGGUUUCUGGCCGGCUAUAUCAUCUGCCUCACCAUCUUGACGCUCAUAUUUGGUCGCAUGGAGCUGUUCGUGACACUCAUGGGCUAUGUCGCUCUUGGUCUGGAGAGCACGUUGCCCAUCCCGCAGAUGAUUAGGAUGGUAUAUUUCUUCUUGCAAGGGUCGCCAUUGCAAUUCAAAGUUUGUGCAAUAUUUCAGCUGUCGAUUGAUUUUAGUGAGAGUGCCGUUGGGUUCAGUUCAGUGUGUCUCCUGGUAGACGACGACGAUCUGGAGCAGGCGUUGGCGCUGGCCGAGGAAUAGAUGUCGGGUCGUUAUCAUGUAAUAUGAGUUUUGGGGGAUCAUAGUCACUACAGAGAUUGUUCCAUAUCACAAGGCCGACCGGAACUUCGCUCCAGUGGUUCACAGAUGCACAUUGCCUCGCAGUUUCCUAUAUGGUUGAUUGAACAGCGUCGUAUUUUGACUUGGUC